AGUGUUUCCAGUAUCCCAAGUCGUACAUGCCAUAUUCGUUACCCACUGCCAAUAAGUCAUCAGUAUUAUCAGCCAGGGGACCUGAGCAUUGCUGGUAUUAUAUCUCAAGUUUUCACAUUUUCCAACCCUGUGACUUACAACCAACAUCCAUCUCAUAACCUCCUGGAUGAGAUUGGGUAUUUUCUUCCAAGUGGUACCUUACUUGCUUCUCUAGAGCUUCUCUCCACAUGGAACAACUUUAUCCCAAACUACAAGUGUGAUACUAAAGAUAAUGCUAUGGCUGCCAUUGGGGGACCCAAUUCUGAUGUGGGUUUCUUUAUGGCAACCAUUCUGAGCAUCUACAAGAUACCACAGUUCACUUAUGGUUCUGCUCCAGUAAUAAGUGACCCAUCCCAAAAUGUUUUUUCCUUACGGAUGUUCCCUAGUAGGGAGCAUCAAUAUUUGGGAAUCCUACAGCUGCUGCUUCUUUUCAGGUGGAUAUGGAUUGGAGUUAUUUUUAUGUAUGAUGAGAAUGGAUUGAGAUUUAUACACACAAUACUGCCCAAGUUUUCCAAGAACGGCAUUUGCUUUGAUUUUAUAGAAACUUUGCCUAACUUGGAUUUUGCCUCUGGUGUUGAUGAAAUGGUGAAUAAAUGGAUCAGAGUAUACAAGAUACUUGGUGAUAGCACAGCCAAUGUAGUGCUCAUCCAUGGAGAAAUUCACACUAUGAUCUUUUUGAGAAUGUUCCCUCGUGUUACAGAAUUUGAGAACAUACCCAUCAAGACCAAGAGCAAAGUCUGGAUUAUGACAGCCCAGAUAGAAUUCACAUCAAUUCCCUUUGUCAAAGACUUUGAGGUUGAUGUUAUUCAUGGUGCUCUGUUGGUUGCCCUUCAUUCAACUGAUGUGAAGGGAUUUCAAACAUUUCUUAAAAGAAGAAAUCCAAAUGAGGAAAAUGGAGAUGGGUUCAUCAAGGACUUUUGGCAACAGGUCUUUAACUGUCACUUCUCUUCUUCAAGAGAGCACAAGAUUGACACAAAUGUCUGCACUGGGAAAGAGAAGGUGGAGACGCUCCCUGGGUCAGUUUUUGAAACCACUAUGACUAGUCACAGCUACAGCCUCUAUACUGCAAUUUACACCAUAGCUCACGCUUUGCAAUUCAUGGAUUCAUGCCAGUUCCACUCCAGAAUGACAGCAGAGAUAAAAAGAAGGAAUUCUAUCAGUAAAGAGCCAUGGCAGCUCCAUCAUUAUUUAAGAAGCCUGUCAUUUAAUAAUAGUCUUGAGGAAACUGUUUCUUUUGAUGAAAACAGGGAACUGAAAGCUGAGUUUGAUAUUAUCAAUUGGGUGGCAUUCCCAAAUCAGACUUUUCUUCGGGUCAAGGUGGGAAAAAUUUAUCCCCUUGCUUCCAAGGACAACAUCAUAUCCAUUUCUCAGGAUUCCAUUGUGUGGCCCAGGCCAUAUCAUAAGGAACCACCCUCUUCCUUGUGUAAUGACCUUUGCUGUUUGGGUCAAAGGCGGAUAAAACAGGAAGGCAGUCCUUUCUGCUGUUAUGAUUGCCUUCCAUGCCCAGCUGGAGAGAUCUCAAGCCAGAUGGACAUGGAUUCCUGCACUCCAUGUCCAGAAGAUCAUUAUCCAAACAAAGACCAGGCUCACUGCAAUCCCAAAGAUGCCAGCUUUUUGAGCUAUGGAGAACCUUUGGGGAUCAGCCUGACCACACUUUCUCUUUUCUUUUCUGGUGCUACGGGUCAAAUAUUUUGGAUCUUCCUUAAAUACAGAGAAACUCCCAUUGUCAAAGCCAACAAUCGAACCAUCACCUAUGUUCUGAUCAUUUCCCUCCUGCUCUCUUUUCUUUGCCCUUUGCUUUUCAUUGGUCAGCCAGACCAGGUUAGGUGUCUGCUUCGCCAAACCACUUUUGGCAUUAUCUUUUCAGUGGCGGUUUCUUGUAUUUUGGCCAAAACCCUCAUUAUAGUUCUGGCCUUUAGGGCCACCAGACCAGGCUCUAGGAUCAGGAAAUGGGUGGGGAAACCAUUGGCCCAAUCUGUCGUCUUCUCCUGUUCCCUUACUCAAGUCACCAUUUGUGCAGUGUGGCUGGCAAUCUUUCCUCCGUUCCCUGAUGUUGACAUGCACUCUCUGCCUGAAGAAAUUGUGUUGGAAUGCAAUGAGGGUUCAACUAUCAUGUUCUACUGUGUACUGGGUUUUAUGGGCUUCCUGGCCAUGAUCAGCUUCAGUAUGGCUUUCCUAGGAAGAAAGUUACCAGAUAAUUUCAAUGAAGCCAAGUUCAUCACCUUCAGCAUGAUGGUCUUCUGCAGUGCCUGGCUCUCCUUUGUUCCAACCUAUCUCAGUGCCAAGGGGAAAUAUGUGGUAGCUGUGGAGGUCUUCUCCAUCUUGGCUUCUAGUGCUGGUUUACUAGGAUGCAUUUUUCCACCCAAAUGUUAUAUCAUUUUGAUCAGGCCUGAGCUAAAUAACAGGCAGUACUUGAUGAGAAGAAAACAGUGA